AUGUCUUUGAAUGAUUUCCUGGCUAAAAAUUAUGGCUCCGGUAAGCCUACCAAAGAAAAACGGAAGAAAUCGGGUGUUCCAAAACGUUCUUCUGGGCUCAGUAUUGUUGAUGGGCAUAAGCAGGAUGAGGCUGAGCUAACGAAGGUAAGCCCAGGCGCUGUCGAAACGAAACUGCGAGGUGAGCCUGUGACUAAGGCUAAAAACAAGUCUUUAUGGAAAAAUCUCAAUACAAAUGAAAUAUGUAUCCGUCAAUCCAAUGAGAAAGCGUCAACUUCAGGUCAGGUACCUGGUUCGUUGAGUGGUCGGGAGGGACUACAGUCUGCUGUUGAUGUUCGCAAAAGAGCAGAAUUUCUAGAAAAAGAGGCCAGGGCCACUGUAAGCAAAAGCGGAGUGGAUGCUCAGACGGUUUACAGAGACACACAGGGUCGUAAAAUUGAUGACUAUGAAGCUUAUGCUACAUCGAACAAAGAGAAGCACGAGCGAGAAGAGGCACUGCGACAGAGGCAACUCCGGGAACUGAACAUGGGCGAAAUACAGAGACAUGCAAUUCUGAAGUCAGUCAAAAAAAAUACUAAGACGAGCGACAAGCAAUUUGAAGAUCCACUUAACGCAUUCACAGUUGACCCCACAGCGGUCGAUGCCGCACCCCAGUCGCCGCUGGGUCGGAAACUUUAUGACAAGAUCAGUCCCGAGAAUAGGUUUGGGAUAGCGCCAGGUUGGCGCUGGGACGGGGUUGACAGAUCAAAUGGAUUUGAAGCAAAAUGGCUUGCCAAACAAAAUGAGAUCAACGAAAAGAAGGUGCAAAGCUUCACUCGGGAGGAGAACGAAUAA